UCAAUCCAAAGAUCCCAAUUGAUCUAAAAAUUCCUAAAAAUCUUUAAUAAAUUAAUAUAUUUUCAAUAAAUCUCCCUCGGCCUAAAAUAUCUUAUCUAUUCAAAAGUCUCCUGUUCACGGAAAAAAAAUGUCAAUUUUAGCCCCAAAUUCUCAUCUUCUCUGCAGAGAAAUCCCUCACAGAGACCAGCAGCAGCCACAUCAACCAAAUUGGAGCAAUGGGUGUUGUUCAAAUCCGAUAAAAACUUGUGGGUUUGGCUUCGAUCGAAGAAAAAUCGAACAAUCGAAGAAAAUCGUGAAAAGGGAUUGCAAAGUCGAAGCCUUUUGGGACGUAUCAAGACCUGCGUUUGUGGAAAUGGAGCCUAUCACUGAUUCUGAUCAUUUGGAUCUCAUUUUAGACAAAGCAAACCAAGCCUCUCAACCCAUCAUCAUUGAUUGGAUGGCUGCUUGGUGCAGAAAAUGCAUUUACUUGAAGCCUAAAGUGGAGAAAUUGGCAGCUGAAUACGACACCAAGCUCAAGUUUUAUUGUGUGGAUGUGAACAACGUACCUCAAACACUCGUGAAACGUGGAAACAUCUCUAAAAUGCCAACUAUUCAGUUGUGGAAAGAUGGAGAGAUGAAAGCUGAAGUAAUCGGAGGGCAUAAAGCAUGGCUUGUGAUCGAAGAAGUUAGAGAAAUGAUUCAGAAUUUUGUAUGAUUUCAUUUUCAUCCUUUCUUUUUGUUCUAACUCUUGUUCAUAUAUAUUCUCGAUUAUCAAAUAUCAAGUCUAUCAUCGAUGUAUAGAUUUUUUUUCAUAUCAAGUAAAAGCCAAUACACAUA